AUGGUCGCUGACACAUCUUACUACGACUUAAUGGGGCUUCCUCCCACGGCCACGUCGCUUGAUAUCAAGAAGGCGUACAGGAAAGCUGCCAUCAGAUUGCAUCCAGACAAGAACCCAGAUGACCCUACGGCGGCAGCCAAGUUCCAGGAAGUGGGGGAAGCGUACCAGGUUUUGUCUGACGACAGGUUGAGAGAGAAGUAUGAUAAAUACGGAAAACAGGAGUCGAUUCCUACGGAGGGCUUCGAGGAUCCAUCUGAGUUCUUUAGUAUGAUCUUUGGUGGCGAUGCAUUCAAGGACUGGAUUGGCGAGUUGAGCUUGUUGCAGGAGAUGACCAAAUCUGCUGAGCUUUCUGGAUUUGGCGAUGAGGAGGCCGAGAAGAAGGAGGGCGAUAAGGAUGCUUCUGGCAAUGCUAAGGAGGGUGAUGCAUCUACUGCUUCUGCUCCUUCGAGCUCUCAAUCACAAACUACAUCUAAAUUGUACCUAGAGCACGGAGAAGGCUCUGGCGCCGGCGCUGGCGAAACGGCGUUGACAGCUGAAGAGAAGGAUAAACGUCGUAAGGAGGAGGAAGAACAGCGCCGUAAGGAAGAAUUAGAGAAGUUCGAGGAGGAGUGCAACCAGAAGAAGAUAGAAACAAGACAAGAGCUCUCCAAGAAGAUGGUCGAUAAGCUUUCGUUGUUUACAGAGACGGAUAUGGCCGAUGAUGUGGCUGAAUCGUUCAGACAGAAGCUCAAAUAUGAAGCCGAGUCUUUGAAAAUGGAGAGUUUCGGUUUGGAGAUCUUGCACACGUUGGGUUCUAUUUACAAGACCAAGGCUAAGAUUUUCUUGAAGAAACAGACGUUUUUGGGCAGCAUAGGCGGUUUCUGGUGGUCUGUCAAGGAGAAAGGCGGUAUGGUGAGAGAUACAUUCAAGACGGUUUCUUCUGCUCUCGAUGCCCAGCUGACCAUGCAAGAGUACGCCAAGAUGCAAGAAGACAACGAGUACCAUGCUAAGAAGGAGGCCGAAGAGAAGGAGCUUACUGAAGAAGAGAGAGAUCAGGCUCGCAAGGAGAAGGAGGCCUUGGAAGAGAAGCUCCAUCUGCUUCAGCAAGAGAAAGAACAAGCCGGUGCCUUAAAGGAAAAUUCCAAGGAAGAGAAGGUUCCUGAAAAGCAUACCGCAGAGGAUAUCGCCGAGAUGGAGAAGUACUUGAUGGGUAAGGUUUUGGCAGCCGCAUGGUCUGGGUCCAAGUUUGAGAUCCAAGGCACCGCUCGUGGCGUCUGUGACAGCAUUCUCUACGACGAAGAGGUGCCCGUGGAGAAGAGAGUGGCCAGAGCCAAGGCACUUAGAAUUGUUGGAGAAGUGUUCAGCAAGAUGACCAGAACCGAGCUUGAAGACGAAGAGGCCCGUAUUUUCGAAGAAUUGGUCGCUGAAGCUUCCCAGAAGAGACAGAAGAAGAAGGCACACGCCGAACCAGAAGCCGAAACCAAACAGAAACAAUAA